CAUUCUAAAACAUAUAAAAGUUUUAGUACUCCUUCAAUAAAAACACCACAAAAUCACCAAUUUGUUGAACAAAAUUCUCAAACAUGAUGCGUACUGUGCGUGUUAAAUUGCCAGGAUUUUGUAUGAAUCGAACUGCAGUCCAUGUUCGAUCGCGUAAUUCGCCUUCUCAGCUGUACAAGAAGGCGAUUGAUUUGUUAAAAUCCGAUGAUAACAAGUCUGAUUUUUCAAGCAAAAACAGCAUUGAGAUGAAUUACAACACAGAUGAAUCGAAGACAGAUACUGAAAAUGGGAUUAAUAAUAGAGUCAUGGUUAUGGUUGAUACUAGUGUUGAAGCCAAAAGUGCUCUGCAAUGGGCACUUACACAUACUGUUCAAAGCCAUGACACAAUUAUUCUUCUCUCCAUAAUCAAGCCCACUAAACAAGGUGAAAAUGAGAAUAGUGAAAUUAUUCAAAGAGCCUAUGAACUUCUUUACUCCAUGAAAACUAUAUGUCAAACAAAGAGACCAGGGGUGCAAGUAGAGAUUGCAGUGGAAGAAGGGAAAGAAAAAGGGCCUGCAAUUGUAGAAGCAGCAAAGCAGAGAAAAGUGUCAUUACUCGUAUUGGGACAAAGAAAAAGAUCAAUAAUGUGGCGUUUACGCAGGAUAUGGUUAGGAAAAAAGUCGAAAAACAGAGUUGUGGAACACUGUAUUCAAAAUGCAAAAUGCUUGACAAUUGCAGUAAGAAGAAAGAGCAGCAAGUAUGGAGGAUAUCUCAUUACUACUAAACGUCACAAGGACUUUUGGCUCUUAGCUUAAUCAUAUCGUUUCUAUCAUUCACUCUUCACAUUUAUAUAUAUAAUACCAAACAAAAUUUCAUUUUACUUUCUGUUGUUACAAUCUGCACGAAACGAGUAGCUACUUCCUCCAUUUGGAAAUGAAUUGUACAAAUUAAAACACAAAAAUGAGAGGUGUUCUAUUUCGUUGGACACGAAUGUUGUUUGUUAUGCUAAAUCAA